UCACGGUUGAAUUCUGUCCGCCCCUCUCCUCUAUCCACAACGAAAACCAUUCAUUAUUCACAUAUACCAAUUAAAACAGUAAUUUUUAAAAAAAAUAUCCAAAGGAACUGUUGGGCCUCUACUUCCAGUUACAGGACGGGGCGGCCUUUGAUUCCCAGUUCCAUCAAACUGCCUUUUCAGGAUAUGUCGAGUAUCGUAUCAGGUCAUCACUGUAAUUGGUCACUUGGAGGAGCAGGGGUACAGGAGCAUUUUCUUUGCAGAGGAAGAUUCUACAGCAACAAGGUUCCAUGCCCAGGAGAUAAUCAUGGUCUUCCUUGCAGAGGAUUGAUUUUCUCCACUCCUCAAUCCCUCGCCAGCAGUAGCUGUUAUCGCCCAAGUACUCGGAAAUACAGGCCUGUUUUUUCCAGUACAGUUGAUGAUCCCCGUGACCAAGAUGACCCGGAAGAAGAUGGGGCCCGUGACAAGGAUUCUUCCAAGGGUGAAACUGGAGGGAUUGAUAGCGAAUUGCUAAGAGAGAAUCUCGAAAGAAUUGUUGGGUCAGAUGAUUCUGCCUUCAGUGGAAUAGACCUCGCAACUCUGAUUAGGAACAAGUAUGGGAGGUCUUAUGAUGUUCAGCUAAUAAAGAAGGAGUUCAUGGGUAGAAAUCUCCUCGCUUUGAAUGUCAUGUGGAAGUACAGGGAGCAGAGAUCCUUUCCACUAACUGAAGAAGAGUAUAUAUUGAGGCUGGAUGAUGUGGCAAAUACAUUGAAAUGCUGGGGAGCUGUUUCCCAUAUCAGAAAUAGCUUAGAGAAGUCAAAAGAGAGGCCUCGGAUAGGGAAGGCAGUCAGCAUUUUCAUAGACAUGGAUGAGUCUGGAGGCCGAGCAAAUGAAUGGAUUUACAAGUAGAUAUGGCCACGAUUUACUCAGAUUCUACUCUGCCAGUUGUUCCAGUUUGUAAAGAUAGAAGAGCCUGUCCAUCCAACAACUAAGGUUACACUUUGGUUCAUUAUCAUAGCAGUUGUUAGACUGAAGGAGGCCGAAGGCUUGAACAUGGCUUUCUCGUAUUUGUAGUCUGGUUCUUUAUUGUUUACUCCAUAGAUAGAUAGAUAGAUACCAUAUAGGCAUGCAAAGUGUGCUGACAGUGUCUUUAUAGUGUUACAUCUACGACUAUAUUUAACACCCAUUGCUUCUUUCA